AUGAUUGGGGAGGAGCCUAGACCGAGUGACCCCACGCUGCAGGAAGAUUGGGACGAGCGCUCCUCGGCUGGCUACUAUUUGAUGUCGCAGAGUUUGGAGCUGAACCAGCGUCACCACGUCAUGCACCUGCUGCCGGAGGUUGAAUGCGGUCCGAAGGCGUGGACCGUGUUGAAGGAGCUGCACGCCCCGACCUCCGUUGUCGCAACGUUGAUGCUGGAGAGGGAGCUGUCCGCGUUGCGCCUGAGCGAGGGAGAGCCGGUGCAACCAGUCCUGGACAAGAUGCGCGACCUCUACGCGAAGUUGGCGACCGCGGGAAUCACCUACCCGGAGCAGACCAAGUGCUUGAAGAUGCUCUCGCUGCUGCCAGAAUCGUGGCUUCAAUUUACGAGCGGAUUGAGCCUGCCGCAGAACCAGAGCUUGUGGACGCUCGAGUGGGUGCGGACGAAGAUUCUGGAGGAGAACUUCCGUCGCCGCCAACUGAGGGGUGGAGACGACGGCAGCAGCGGCUACGAUAUGCAAGGGAGCCGACGUGGCAGAGGACGUGGCUUCGGUGGUGCUGGACGCGGUGCAAAGAAAGACGACGACUCCAACGACCAACAAGGAGGUACCGGUUGGGGUCGCGGUGCGAAAUCUGGACGUGGGGGCAAGUCGGGUGCUGGUGGCAAAAUGAAAGGGAGUUGCUGGUAUUGUGAGAAGGAAGGGCACCCCUGGUUUUUGUGCUAUAAGAAACCCGAUGGAUGGACCCCCCAGAAUCGUCACCAGGAUGGCGGUGCGCGGAGGAACCAGAAAAACGGCGCCAACAUGGUCGCUGAUUCGUCCGACAACAACCCGAAGGGCAACGGCGGUGCGGAGAAGAAGAAGGAGCGCACCGCGGGCCAAUUCUUCCAUGUGGGAGACAAGGGGGAGCAAGGAGACGCCUCUGCCAAAGUUGGAGCAGAGCUGCACCCCCUAGACUAUUGGGUGUUGGACACAGGCGCUGCUUGGACGAUGACGCCGCGCAAGGACCUGCUGGACGAAGUACGAGCUGCACCGAUCAAUGAAGUGUGCUCCGCCUCUGGACACAUGUUGAAGGUGGCUGGUGCGGGACGAGCUGCGUUUAAGGGAGCGGAUGGCAAGCCGGUGGUGCUGCACGACGUUCUCUUCGUCCCCGACCUGAAGGCCAACCUUAUCUCCCUCCGUAAGCUUGGCAAGGCUGGGGUGAACACCAACACGGAUGGGGCACGCACUUAUAAGGGGAAGCUGGGCAAUCGGGUGCUUUGGGAUCUGCACGAGAGCAAGGACGUGUACAGAUCUAUGUGGGCACUGCCGGCCCUGGCGUGGCAUGGUGGGGGGCAGGCUGGAGAGGGGUCUGCAUCCCAGGGGGAGUGCAAUGCCGUUGGAGGGGUUGGUGUGAAAGUGUCGGCCAGAUCUGGGGAGACAGAUUGGGCAACGGCACACCGGCGCUUAGGGCAUGUGGCAAUGCCUUUGCUGAAGCAGCUGGAGAAGGAUGGAGCCGUUAAGGGUCUGAAGCUGAACGGACAGCCACCUCGAUUGCAACUGUGA